AUGGUUUUCAAAUUCACUAUAGACAAUGUACUUAACAAAUACAUUCCUCGCAAUAGACUUUCAAAACUUCCUGCUCCCAUAGCUCGUUUAUUAGGUGCACAUAAAGAUAAACCAGCACCAGACUAUUUUAUUUGGUUGGAAAUUCUUAUUGGAUCAUUUGCUGGUGUGGCACUUUUGGAAGGGGUAUUUAAAAGUCCCAAUAUAUUUAGGGACAGUCACCAUGCCCCAAUGAUACUUGCUUCGUAUGGAGCUUCGGCCAUUUUAUGUUUUAAUGCAUCGCAAGUACCAUUAGCACAACCAAGAAAUGUUCUUGUUGGUCAUUUUAUUGCCUCUUUGAUUGGGGUUUGCAUCCAAAAAUUGUUUAGUUUAAGCAAAGCUGGACAGGAACAUUACUGGGCCAGUGGUGCACUUAGUGUCGCCGUUUCAAGUGUCGUUAUGUCGAUUGGAAACUGUGUGCAUCCUCCCGCAGGCGCAUCUGCUCUUUUACCUAGCAUCGAUGAGCAAGUACGAGAAAUGAGCUGGUGGUUUCUACCGGUUCAGUUGGUGUCCAGUGUGUUGAUUUUAUCUGUUGCAUGCAUAACCGGGAAUGUGAUACGGCGUUACCCAGUAUACUGGUGGACACCUGCUGAUUUAGGUGGAAACAAACGAAAUGAUCUUGAAUCUAGUAUUGAGGAAGAGACAAGAGAAAAGCCAGAUUGUAUACUGAUCGAGCCAGGAGCAAAGACGAUAUUUAUUUCAAGUGACAAAAUCGUUUUUCCUGAAGAACUAGACUUAGGCGAAAUAGACAUGGAUUGGUUAGACGGUUUAAAAUUGAAAUUGAAACAACUCGAAGACUAA